UUUAGUUUGCUAAGAGCGCGCGCGACAAUUCAAACAUAUUUGAAUCAUUUACAUCUUGGAUUGGGUUGCUGUUGUUGGGUUGCCGCUCUCCCUGAAAGCGAGCAUGCAACACAGCCCUCAGCUGUUGGGUUGAAGGCUACGCCUGCAGGACGACGUGAAACUUACUGUCUACAUAUGUGUAUGCAUGUGUGCGUGUGUGUGUGUGUGUAAGUGUGAGCCCUAGUUGUGCACGCUGAGAACCGGGAUGGAUGCGCGACGACAGAAGCGACUUGGCCCAGCGCCAAUUGCAUCGUUCGAAAAGUCAUUUGAGGACAAUACCACAGUGGCAACAACAGCAACAACAACAACAACAACAAAUGCGACUGCAACCCUGCAACAACAGUCGCAGCACCAGCAGCAGCAUCAGCAGCCCCGACUAGUGAUGAUGGAACAAACGCUGCGUAAACAGACAACGACGCCUCGCAAUCCCAAUCCGAAUACCAAUACCAAUACCAAUACCAAUCCCAAUGCCAGCGAAGCGCCAAGCAUAUCGGGUGCAAUGCCCAACAAUUCCAAUUCCAAUAACGGAACUGGCACUGGCACUGGUAACAGGAACACGAGCAGCACCUCAUCCUCAUCCUCCACAUCUACCGCCUCGUCAGCCACCUGCUCCGCGAAUGCAUCCAGCAUCGUUGCCAAGCAACGUCCGCCUCCGCUUAAAACGGCAACGACAACCGUAACAACGACACUGGUCAGCAGCAAUGAGGGUGGCCAGCCAUUGCCGAAUGCAUCAGUCACCGGUGGUGUUGCCGGCGGUGCUGGCGGUGGCAACUAUCGCGGUGCUGCCACAUUAACGACACCAUCAACGCCACGCAUCGAGCUGAGCCGCGCAUCCAGCUCAUCGCACCACGAGGAGGACAGUCGCGAGAGCAGUCCGGAGAACGUUUUCGAGCAGGUCGGCACUGGCACCCUACAGGAAACCAUUGGUCUCGGUUUUCGAGAGGAGGGCGCCUUGGAGUUGCGCAGCUCAACAGAAGAGCUCUACUUUAUGGAUCCAGAGCAGAAGAAAGAGGAGCAGGAGCGCCAGCAGCAGCAGCAGCAACAACAGCAGCAGCAACAACAACAACAACAGGCGAAGCGGACGUCGCCACACAUCUUCAAAUUUGAUGACCACCAGAGCUAUCUGCAGCAGCAUCAGCGCAAGGAUUCGGCCAGCUCUGAGGUGGCCGCCCUGCUCUGCAUCUCUGGCCGGACCAGUCGCAUCUCGAGCGUUGGCAGCCAAGGAUCGGCGGUGAGUCGCCUCUCGGCUGUGUCGUGCGUGUCGCGGUCACCUUCGCCGCACCGGAUGCUACUCGAGACAUCGUUCUGCGGCCCCAAGCCAGUGGAGUGCACGGAUGGGGCAAUGAGUGGCGCCAGCAAUGCCUCGACAGCGCCCAGUUCCGCUCAAAGCCUGGCCGAGGCAACGCUGGCCGUGGAGCAGCUGCUGUUGGCGCGGACCAAACACGAUCCCACCCAAGCGGUGCUCGCCGAGGGCAUACAAAUGAUGCAGUCACCCAGCGGCACAGCGGCCGCCCAACGUCGAUCCAAGCCCAACACGCUGGCCAAUGGUGAUGGCAAGACACGCACCAUUAGCAGCACCAGCACCAGCAGCACCAGCACCUCCAUCAAACCCAGCUCGGGCGUUACGAGUGGGCAGCGGCGCAGCAACAAGAGUCCCGGCCAGAUGGUUAUUGGCAAGACGGCCAGCGGCACCGAAUAUAUACGGAUCAAUCUGCGGCCGGAUCACAUGUACAGCGACAAGGGCAUUGCGGCCAAUGAGCGAGUUGUCGAGGCGCCCAAUCAACUGACUCCCGUCUAUUCAAAGUCGCAAACGCAAUCGAAGCCAGCAUCGCUCAGCUUGCAGGCGGGUGGAUUGGAUGAGCAUCGUCUGACACCGACGGCGAGUCCGAAGCCGUCGCGUCAUGGCCAUGGACGGCAUGGCAGUCGAUCACCGUCGCCCGCUGCACCGGCGACAGCAACGGCGGUCGCCUCUGUCUCCCGCAAGAGUUCGUUCAGUUCGCUGUUUCGCCUGGGCAAGGAUUCGCCGGAUUCGCCAAGGGAGACGAGUCGAUCGCGCAGCAAGAGCAAAGAGCGACCCUCAACGGCAAUGGCAACGCUGAGCGGUGGCGGCGGCGGUGGCGGCGGUACCGCUGGAGGCGCCACCAGCUCACAGAAUGUGACGCCCAGCAAACAGAAAUCGGUGUUGGCCAUUUUUAAGCCGGGCAAACGUGGCAGCAGCGCCGGCACCGAUGGCACCAAAAGCUCCAAGAGCUCCUCGCCCAUCGAUGGCGGCGAGGGGCCACCACCGCCACCGCCCGUGCCCGGUUCCGGUUCCGGUGGUGGACGGAGUCGUACGCCGGCUGGCUCGCGACCCAAUAGCCGGCUGAGGUACUACGAUGAGCCCGUCGAGGGUUAUAUACAUAUACCCCUCCACACGCCGCCGGAGGAGCGCGAGGCACGCACUCUGCUCCAGGGCAUACAGCAGCUGUCGGCGCCAUCGCCACCGCCCAUCGAGCAGCGUCCGAGCAGCUCCAGCACUUGCCGUGCCCCACUGACUGCAACCCAGCCGGCGCCAAUCACUGCCAGCCAGCUGGCGGCGGCAGCGGCCGCCCUGCGUCCGGUGGGCCAGCAGCGGGUGAAGGUGGCGCAGCCCAAUCUGGAUGCCAUACAAACGAUUGAGGAGCGCACCUGGAGCCUGGAGGUGCAGCGCAACAGCAGCACGCUGGCAUCGCAAGAGACGCUCGAAUCAGUUAGCUCCGUGGUAAGUGCACGUGCCGCCAAUCUAGCUCAGGUGGUGACCAGCGAGCACGUGGCGAUGGCGAUGCCAGUGGCGAUGCCACCGAUGGCGAUGGCAGUGGCAGAUGUGGAGCAUGGUCGGGAAAAUGGUCUGGCCGAAAUGCAGCGACUGCCGUCGGUGGACAGCAAUCAAAGCGCCUGUGAGCCGCGCCUGGUCCAAACGGUGGCCACCGUCAAUGCGCCCAUCGAGGAUCCCGUGGCCAAGGAGCGUCGCCGUCUGCUUUUCGCCACACGCCUCGGCUCCGGCAGUCAGGAGCAGAUCUUCUCCACACAGUUCAGCAUCUCGAAGACGGAGAGCCAGUCCAGCCAGCUGUCCGAGCAGGUGCAGCUGCCCGACUCCGGUUCCACUGCCUCCGAUUGCACCACAGAUGGACUGCAGCGUCAGAGUACGGUGAUUAGGCGUCCAGAUACAGCAGCAGCAUCCGCUGCAGCUGCAGCUGCAGCACCAGCACCAGCACCGCCUACCCCACCAGUACCACCUGCACCACCAGCAGCAACACCGACACAAGCACCAGCACAAGCAGCAGCACCCUCCAGCUCUGAGGAGGAGCAAGCGGCCAUUUUUAUUAGCACCGCUGUUGUGAUGCGCUCAAAGCACAAGUCCUGCUCCAAUUCCGAGGAAGAAGGUGCAACAGCCACGCGUGCAACGCCACCAACUGCCCCAACCGCAGCAGCAGCUGCAGUAGCAGUGGCAGCAGCACAGGCCGCCGAUGUGCGUCAUUCGCGCUACCUCGAGAACUUCGAUGUGCGCAAAAAGUAUCACGAGAACGUGACCGUGACCGGCAGCGUGACUGGCAGCGUGACUGGAGGGAACGUGACUGGGAGCGUGACCGAGAGAGCGAUGACUGGCAGCGCGACAGGCAGUGUGCCACGCAAGCCGAAGCGCCAGAGCGUGCUGGAUGCGAAGCCAGCCGGCAGCGCAUUGGCCGAGAGGGAAAUGCAAGCGGAACAACAACUGGAAUUGGAACAGGAACCGGAUAAGUUCGAGGAGCUGGAUGCAUUGACGCCACCGCCGCACGGUGAGCGCUCGGAGCGCCAUUCGACAGAUGAUCACGAGCCGAUUGAGUCGUCGGAGAGCGAACGGGACUCGGAUAUGGCGGGCAGCUCAUCGAUGGCGACAGCGGUGCCGAUGGGUGUGCCGGAGGCAAAGCGUCAUCAUUUCCCUCGCAACGUAUGCCUGAUCGAGGAGCACGAGAGCACCGGCCUCGUCUCACAGGAGUCCUUCGACGAUGAGCUGCCCUACAUACCGACAACGCUGCCCGAGGAGCGUGCCCAGGGUGUGCCUUUGAUCCCAAUGAAGGAGCGCGCCAAUAUGGAGCUGAAGACAUGUCCCGUCGACCGGCCACGCUCCACAACGCCGCUAAAUCCCUCCCACCUGGAGGAGUACUGUACGGGCAUUAUGACGCCACAGGAGUCGCCGCAUGCUGGCCAAGAUGUGGACCCGGCUGUCGCAAGCGCUGGUCUUGUGCGCGGCGAGAAAUUGCGCAUCAGUUUGCCGCGCAAGGAGUCAGCGAUCAAGGAUAAGACGCAGGCCACCAAAUCGCCGAGACGCAUCUCGAAUGCCAGCGGCAAAUCCUGGUUCGAGUUCGCCGAGGAGGGACUACGUGCCAACAAUCUGGAGCGCAAGGACUCCAACAAACAGCUGCUGCCGCCCGCUGCGACCACAGCAACCAGUGCAACCACAGCAACGACAGCGACCACCUCAGUUACGGCAAGUGCACCACUUGCUGUGGCCAGCGCACCACCAGCUGGCGGCCAGCCGCAUAGCAUGCCAGCCAGUUUGGAGGAGCCCAAAGCCAAAUCUUCCACACAGCGCAAACUCUCCGGCCACUGGAUCGACUUUGAAAACAUUCCAGAGAAACGGAAGCCUGCCAAGCGGAUAACCACGCUGCCCAAGGAGACAAUAAGCACCACAACCACAGCGGCAAUUUCGAGUGCAGCCUCCUCGGGCUCUGGCUGUGGCAGUGCACAUCGUACCUCGUCCAGUCACUCGCAUGCCCAUCACAGCCAUCAUCAUCAUCAUCAUCAUCAUCAGCAGCAGCAACAGCAACAGCAGCGCCAGGAUGGCGGCGCCAUGUCAGCAACAUCUGGCGACAAGCUGCACUACAACUAUGUGAAGCCCGAGGAUUGCCAGUGCGAGUGCCACGAGGCGGAACGUGGUGAAUCCUCAGCUGCCACCACAAUCACCGUGGACAAGGAUAAGGAUACCAGCACUGGCACUGGCACCGGCACUGGCACUGAAACCGGCAGCGAUUCACUCGCUUCGGUUGAGCUGCUGCAGCAGGGCGAGGAUAUGCUGCCGCUGCUCGAACCCGAAACGCAUGCGGACAACAGGGUCUACACAGAUGAGCCACCAUCGCCUCCGGUGCGACACAGCAACAAGAGCGCUGCACAAAGAUCGGAGGAGUUUCCACGUCGCGACGCUUCCUCCAGUUCCAGAAAUCGCAAGUUUCCCGAUAGAAAGUAAAAUGUUUUUUUUUUUGUUAUUUUUGUUGUGAUUUCUAGUUUUUUUUUUGUUGACCUACAUAACUAUUGCAUCUUCAGGGUAGCUAAGAAACAAAAAAAUUGUCUCUAUAAGUCGAGCAAAAGGCUACGAAAAGUCCUUGGGUUUAUAUCCUUAAUGUAUGUACCUCAAGCAGUGCGGUUGUUAAAAUAUAUGAAAAAAAAUAAAACAAAAAAAAAAAAAGAAGAAAAUUUGACAAGCGCCUCAUCGAUAUUCAGAUGAAACGAGUAUUUCCUUUCGAUUCGAUUUCGAUUAGCUAAAUAUACUUAUUAUCGAU